AUGAGUGUCAAUGCUCAGCCUGGAGACAAAGUCGUGUUGGCCUACAGCGGUGGCCUGGACACGUCCAUCAUCCUGAAGUGGCUCACCAACAAGGGCUUCGAAGUCAUCUGUUACUGCGCCAAUGUGGGCCAGCAGGGCGAGGACUACGAGCAGGUGCGUGCCAAGGCGCUGUCCUUAGGUGCCAAGAAGGUGUACAUCGAGGACCUUCGUGAGGAGUUUGUUAAGCACUACAUCUUUGAAGCAGUCAAGUCCAAUGCCAUCUACGAGUCUCGUUACCUGCUUGGCACGUCGCUCGCUCGUCCUGUCAUUGCCAAGAAGCAAGUAGAGAUCGCCCAUACUGAGGGCGCCAAGUACGUGGCCCACGGUGCCACGGGCAAGGGUAACGAUCAAGUGCGCUUUGAGCUUUGUGCCCAGGCUCUGGACGCCCAACUCAAGACUAUCGCCCCCUGGCGUGAUGCUGAGUUUAUCGAAAAGUUCAAGGGCCGUGCCGAUCUGAUCCAGUAUGCUAAGGAGCAAAACAUCCCCAUUGAUGCGACCCCCAAGGCUCCCUACAGUGUGGACGAGAACCUGUAUCACACGAGUUACGAGGCUGGCAUGCUUGAGGACCCUAUGACCGCUCCCAUGGUUGAAAUGUUUAAGAUGACAGUGGACCCUAAGGAUGCCCCUGAUACUGCAGAGCAAAUCAGCAUCCGCUUUGAGAAGGGUAUCCCCGUGGGAGUAACCAAUCUCACCGCCAAGACCCCAGAACUCACUGGCGCUCUCGACCUGUUCCUUGAGCUGAACAAGCUUGCGGGAAAGCACGGUGUCGGUCGCAUCGACAUCGUGGAGAAUCGUUUUGUCGGCAUUAAGUCGCGUGGCGUCUACGAGACUCCCGGUGGCACCAUCCUGCGUCAAGCGCACCUCGACCUCGAGGGUCUAUGUAUGGAUCGCGAGGUCAUGAAGGUGCGUGACUCCCUGUCGGCCAAGUUCGCUGAGUUCUGCUACAACGGCUUCUGGUUCGCUCCCGAGAUGGACUUCGUGCGUAAUGCUGUGGACUUCUCUCAGCAGAACGUGACGGGCUAUGUCCACCUGGAGCUCUACAAGGGCAACGUGACGGUCAUUGGUCGCUACUCAGACGAGGCUCUGUACAGCGCUGACCUGGCCUCGAUGGACCAAGAGGGUGGCGGUGACAACUUCGAUUACCACCCGGCUGACGCCCAAGGCUUCAUUCGCAUCAACGCUACGCGCCUCAAGGCUUGGCGAUGCCGCCCCCAGCCCAACAAGUAA